GCCCAGAGGUGUCCGCCAGCCAGCCCAGCAUUGCUUGCCAGGUACGCAUUGAAUAAUGGCAGAUAGUACCAAAAAAAGCCGUAAAUCAAUUACUUUGGAUAUGAAGGCUAAAAUGAUUAAGUUGUAUGAUGAAGGUGUAACUCAAGCUGAAAUAGGCCGAAGGCUAGGCUACACUCGGACUACAGUUAACACCGUCAUAAAAAACAGAGAAAAACUUCUUGCAGAAAUUAAGAGUGCUACACCUGUUAACACAACAACAAUUCGAAAAAGAGAUAGCAUUGUUGCAGACAUGGAGAGACUCUUAAUACUUUGGAUAGAAAAUCAGACUACACGUCAUGUUCCUGUCAACCAGGCAAUUAUACAAACUAAAGCCUUAUGUCUAUUCAAUGACCUGAAGGCUAAGAAAGGUGAGACAGCAAAGGAUGCAGAAUUUUCUGCAAGCCAUGGAUGGUUUGAUAGGUUCAAGAAAAGGUCUAACCUACAUAACAUUAAAAUACAAGGAGAGGCAGCUGCUGCAGAUCAUAAGGCUGCAGAAAGCUAUCCAAGCGAGCUUGCCAAAAUUAUUCAAGAUGGAGGCUACUCCAUGGAUCAGAUUUUUAAUGUGGAUGAGACUGGUCUAUUCUGGAAGAAGAUGCCUGCAAGAACCUUUAUCGCAAUACAGGAAAGAUCAAUGCCAGGCUACAAGCCAGCUAAAGAUAGAAUAACCCUUCUGUUAGGUGGCAAUGCUUCUGGUACCUUAAAGCUAAAGCCUUUGCUAAUUUACAGAUGGGAAAAUCCAAGAGCUUUGAAGAACUACAUUAAAACUAGGCUUCCAGUGCAUUGGAGAGCUAACAAAAAAGCAUGGGUUACUGCAGCCCUUUUUGAAGAUUGGUUUGACACCUGCUUUGUUCCAGAGGUGAAAGCCUAUUGCAAGGACAACAAUAUCCCUUUUCACAUUUUGCUGCUUGUUGAUAAUGCCCCUGGACACCCUCGAACACUAGAUGAGCUGAACCCUAACAUUCGAGUGCAGUUCCUACCACCAAAUACUACCUCACUACUGCAGCCAAUGGAUCAAUGCGUCAUUGCCGCCUUCAAGUUAAACUACUUAAAAAGAACAUUCAGUAAGUGUAUUGCAGCAAUAGACAAAGAAGAAGGAGAAGGUAAAGAAGUCCUAUCCAAAUUCUGGAAAAGCUACAACAUCUUGGAUUGCAUUAAAACUAUAAGAGAUUCUUGGAAUGACAUAAAGGAAACCACAAUGAAAAGGGCCUGGAAAAAAUUAUGCCCACAGUUAGUUGAUGAUUCAGAAGGCUGUGAAGAUCAUGUAGCUACUGUUACUGAAAAUAUUGUAGAUAUGGCAAGGCAGUUAGAGCUGGAAGUGGAGCCAGAAGAUGUUGCUGAACUGCUUGCGUCCCACACGGAGUCCCUCAGCAAUGAAGAUCUUCUAGAACUUGAAGAGGAGAGAGAAGAAGAUGUGCAGGAUGGGUUGAGAUCAUUGAUCAUCAGCCUGAAGGUUUAACAACAAAAAUUCUCUUUGAAGCUUUCCGUCAUCUUGAUAGCGCCAUGGCUCUAUUUGAAAAGCAUGAUAGGGAUUUUGAAAGAAGUUCCAAAGUCAAUGCUAACAUCUCAGGGGCUUAUGCCUGUUACAAAGAAAUUUACAGGGAGAAAAAGAGAGCUACACUUCAAACCUCCAUAGAAACAUACUUUUCUAAAAGUCCAUCAGCAUGCAGAUCAUCAUCAACUGACAGUCUGUUUCCAGCUCUGACAUCACCACCGUGUCCUGCUCCUAUUGCUACUUGUAGUACACCCAAUUCUCCAGCAAGAAAGCGUCUCAU